AUGGCCGAAAGGGGUGUACGAGCGGAGCCCGUUAAGCCCGUUUUCCCCUCAAAAACCCUUCCCAAUCGUGACACAAUGAUGACCAGGCUCCAUCCAGGAUACCAUGGAAUUAUCGAGGGAUGGAUCCACGUUCCAUCAUUGUCUCCAAAUUUUGUGGACGUUCGAAGAAAAACGCAUCUCUCUACGAUUUUUUACACAAACGAUCCUGGUCAACUUAUCGCCGCCAAACUGGGAAGCGAUGUCUCUUGUCUUUACUAUCCAGGAUGUUAUCAUUAUCCGUAUCAUCGACCCGAUGCUGACAGAGAUCUUCGAAAAUGUCCCAAUGGAGCAUGUGUU